CCCCAAGCGCCCAAGGUUUUCAUUUCCAGGUCUUAAGACUUCAUUUCUUCUACCCCUCCAAACCCUCGUCAUCCCCUUCUCUCCGUACCGAAACGAUCCCUAAAAUUCCUAGAAAUGUGUGAAGAAGAAUUCGAUCUCUGAUCGAGACCCUCUUCGGAUCCCUAUCUUCUCUCCGAUAGUUCGACGGCGAUGACCCCCAAGUUUCCGAUGAACGCCGGCGCAUCGUCCUCCAAUCCGCCCCCGCCCUCUGCUCCUGCCGCCACCGCGACCCAGCUCGCGCCAGGAUUUCGGUUCCACCCCACCGACGAGGAGCUCGUCAGAUACUACCUCAAGCGCAAGGUCGCCCGCAAAUCCCUCCGCGUCGAUGCCAUCGCGGAGAUUGAUCUCUACAAGUGCGAGCCCUGGGACCUCCCGCCCCGGUCCCGGAUCGUUAGCCGGGACCUGGAGUGGUACUUCUUUACCCCCGUCGAUCGCAAGUACUCCAACCGCUCCCGGAUGAAUCGCUCCACGGCCCAGGGAUACUGGAAGACCACCGGCAAGGAUCGCCCCGUCCGCCACAAUAACCGCGUCAUCGGCAUGAAGAAGACCCUCGUCUACCACGCCGGCCGGGCACCCCGUGGCGAGAGGAGCAACUGGGUGAUGCAUGAAUACCGGCUCGAGGACCAGGAACUCGCUGGCACUGGGAUUCUUCAGGAUACAUAUGUUGUAUGCAGGAUUUUCAAGAAGAACGGCCCAGGGCCGCAGAACGGGGCUCAGUAUGGGGCGCCGUUUAAUGAGGAGGAAUGGGAGGAGGAGGAUGAUAAUAUGAUCAUGCUGAGAGAGGAUGGCGAUGAUGAUUUUAAUGAUGCUAGGGAGCAGGAACAGGAAUCCUUGCAUAUCAAUGAUUUUGUGCGGAACCAAUACACAGACAAUCAACAAGCAAAUGCUGCUGGUUUUAUGGUGGUUCCUGAUGGGCAGGAUGGUAGCAGCCAUCAAGAAGAUCCUUCGGUUGUACUGGAGCAGAAUCAGCAGAUGCUAAAAGACCCGAUUGUGGAAUGCAUUGAAGAACCUUGGCUGCAGAACAGCCCAGUGCUUAUUAAUGACAUGGGCGACAAUAUUGGCAUGACAGAUAGGUCUCACACUCCUCCGAGCCAAAAUGAUGGAUAUGUGGAGCUUAAUGAUCUUGCUGAUACUGUAAAUCCAGAAGAUCCUCCUAGUGAAGACUCUGUAGUUUGCCCUUUAAGGACUUGUAAUGAUUGGAAAUCUGUGGAUGGAGUAGAUGAUACCAUCAAUUUAGAAGAAAUCCUUGAUGUGGAGGAAUUUUUCGACACCGUGAAUGAAAACACAGACAGGCCGGAACUGGUUCAGAUGUCCCCGACAGUUCAGGAUAAUUAUAAUCUGCAAUCAAUUGAUCUCACAAAUCCUGUAGCUGGUGAUUGUCCUUCAAGUCAAUUGGCUGAGGAAAACACGAUGUUUUAUGAUGCACCUAGCAAUGACCUAGGAUUUAGCCAGGAUAAUUUUCCAGAACUGAAUCAACUCCUGUACUCGCCUAUCACUGAUCCAUCUGGGUUUGAUGCGGUGGAUAAGUUAAUGGGGUACUUUGAUGCCACAGAUGAUAAUUUACAUGUUGAUACUGCAGGUUCCUUAGAAAAGUCGGGGUGUAUGAAUUCUUGUAUCUUGGACCAGUUCAACCUCACUCCAGAGUUUGAUGGCAUCAAUGCUCAACAAAACAAGGAUAACCCACAGGCACCAGAACCAAAUGUUACAAGUCGCGCAUCAUCCUCCAUUAGCUUACCUGAUGGUAUUAAUCAGUUUUAUAGUAAAACUGAUGUUAACAUCGUGCCAGAUGUACAGGGGAAUGAGAGCAAUGAUAAUACUAUCACAAAACGUCUUGUGAACAUGUUGGGCUCAAUCUCGGCCCCCCCUGCUAUUGCUGCAGAAUAUCCUGCUGGGUCAGAGAAACGUGCUGGACAAAUCUCCACAACCAACUCAGCCAGCUCGAUACAUGUCACUGCUGGGAUGAUCCAAAUACGUGGUUUAACUGUGACAGGCAGCACAGAACACUGGUCCUUGCAGAAGAACGGAGAUGUGGGCUUCCUCCUUUCUUACGGACUGGCUGGUAAUGAAGUUAGAAAAUCUAUACUUCUUGAUUCAAUUUCAAAGAUGCAGGGUGGACCAGUGUCAAUGAUGCUACGUGGUGGCUUCUAUCUUUUCUUCCUAUCGGCAUUACUUCUUACAAUAAGCUAUAAAAUGGGAUUGUGUAUUUAUAGCAAGUAAGCUUGUUUGUCUGUUCAAUAGAUACUCUUUUGACCAAGUGAUUUGAACACAUUUAAAACUCGAGGAAGAAAAGGACCUUAAAAUGUUGGACCAUAUGUAUUGCAUAUUAUGAUAUUUAUUUGUGGCUUUUUUCAACUGAAGGGUGCACGGACUGACAGAUAUACGUUCACUUGGGACAAUGAAUCGUUUGUAAUAUGAUGCGCACGGUUUUUUUA